GUGGGUAGUAUGCCUUCUGCUGCUUCUUGCUGUAAUCCACAAUCAGCUCCAUGGUCUUGCUGAUGUUCAGGAGGAGGCUGCUGUCUCUGCACCAGUCCUCCAGGUGAGUGAUCUCCAUCAAAUAGACCUCUACAUAUUUUUGCAAAGAUUUUCUGUUAUAGUAUUGUUAUUGAAAUAUGUCAUUUUUGGUAUUGUGAUAAUGAUACAGUUCACUAUUUGUACUUGCACAUUAAAUGAUCAAAUUUGUUUCUGUUCACUGACCAACAAUAGAUGCUUUCUGUGCUAUACAGGAUCCUGGUUUUAUUCUGGAAUAAGAUUUCUUUUUCAUUAUUCAGCUUUAUGAUGACAGAAAAUUCCUGUGGAUUUCCACAGUUUAUUUAGGGAGAUAUUAAUCACUAUACGUCUAACAAUGGAUUCACGUGUGAUUUGUGGUUGUUUUUCCAACUAAAAGUGCAUCUUGCAGAUGUUUUGCGUGAUUUUGUAUCUCUUUGUGAUGAUGUUUGUCAUUUUGUGUGUGUGGUAUUGAUUGUUUUGUGUCUCUUUGAGGUCAUUUUGCAUCUUGUUAUAGUUGGUUUUUAAGCCAUCUUGUUAUUUUGCAUCACAUUUUGGACUUUCUGCUUCUAUUUAUUGCCAUUUUGUCACAUUUCUGUAAUUUUUGUUUCAUUUAGUGGUUUUGCAUAUAUCUGGUGUCAUAUUGGUAACAAAAAUUUGUUCACUUUCAUCUCCUUGGUUUUUUUUAAAGGUCUGUUUUGCGUGUCUUUUUAGUUGUUUCUGAGAUAUACAGUAUCUCAUAAUUCUUGGGAUAAGACUAGGGGCUGUUGUCCCAUUAAUGUUUAUCUUGUUUUUCUAACAUUCUUCUGAUUAAUCUGUUUCUCAUUCCUACUCAUUAUGGACUAGAAACUUCCAAAUCUGUAGAAACAGCGCCGUUCCAACAAUGUGGAAACCUUUUAUUGAAUUCAAAACUUUAAAUAACUCAUAUGAGUGUAUUUUCCAUCCCUAAAGUACCUAAAUCCACAACAUGUAAACUCUACAUUCUGUGGUAUGUUUUGUGUAUGAAUGAAUAGUUGUUUAUGGUUUCUCAUAAGUUUAGCUGCAGUUAUCCAACCAUUAAUUUCAGUGAUAUUGAUGAAGCCUUUUACAAGCUGCAACCCUUCCUCUGAGUGUAGUUUCUUUAUUAUCUGGAGUAUCCAUGUUUUCUUGAGCACCUCCUAGCUUUUUCAUACUCCUAGAUGCUGUAGUCUUCUCUGUCUACGUAGCUACAUUUGUUUCCUUUUUAGUUCUGGUAAAUGUAACGGCAUCACGCUGAUAGUGUUCCAGUUGUAAUAAUGUCACCACAGAUACCAGAUAUAAAACUCUAUUAAACCCUGAAAUAGAGAAAGAUCUUUCUUAGUGCUUAUUGGCUAAAAGUCACGUGCUCUACUUUUGAGCUAAAAAAAAAAGAGAGGAUUUCACUUGUACUUUCUUUUCAUGCAUUACAUAAUAAAAUGGCACGGAAUGUCAUCCAGUUGAAGCCAUCCCUCCAUCAGACUCAUCAGGUGUGUUGUCAAACCACAUGAUCAAGACUUGAGAUUGUUGGAAUUCCCCGUUGGUCCUGUAAGACUGUGAUGCUUUUUAAAUACACCAGUAAAGUCCUUUGACAGAGCAUUCAGGGAGAGGACACGAUGGCAGGCAAGUGUGUUUUCAUAUCUUUACAUAAAAACUGUGUCUGGUACAUCAGGUGGUGUGUAGUAAACUAAAGGAUGCACUGGUGUCUCAAAUAACACCAGUAAUUUCUUUUAACUUUGGCUCUUUUGAGCUGUAAUGAUCUGCAGGGUAUUUAUUUAUUUAUGUUGUGGAAUAGCCUGAAUGUAAAGAAGAAAAUUCUUCCACUUAGAGUUCAUGGUUACAUUUAAAUCUAUAGAAUAUAUCUCUGACAACUCUAUUUACCAACUCUUUACCUGGAACAAAAAUUCCCCUUUAGUUUCACUUUUAGAAUGAGCAUGAAAACAAUAAGAGAGUAAUAAUGUAAUGUUCUUUAGCUCCAUCUACAGGUCGCCCAGUGACAGUAACUUUCAGUACCAUUUGGAUGUUACAGGUGGAACCUCCUCCACCCAGACCACCAAGAUUGUCAGGCAAUGCCUUCAUCGUAUGUAGUGUCUUCAUCACAGCUCGAAUCAUCUUUGGUGUUGUGUAUUUCAAGGACUGUCCUCAGCAGCCCAACAUCCCCAACUAUCUCCUAGGGUUGGCUUUGAUACAGCUGCUCAUGGUAUCAUUUGUGACCCUGCCCUGUGAGAGUGAAGCAGCUCAGCCAUGGGAGCAUCCCAGAGGUUUCAAAGCUUUUCUGUUGUUUUUAAUCUGGCUUUUUAUCCCCAUAUGGAUCCUGAUAGGUGAUGUGUGGGUGUUCUCAGUGUACCAACCAAACUAUGACCCCACAGCUGCUGAUGGUCUCUACUGCAAUAAGAGCUUGUACACCUUUGCUCUCUGGAACGCCAUAUAUGAGACCUUUGUGAUUGGAGUCCUCCUGGCCAAAUUCAUCAAAGGUCUGCUGUGCUUUGUGAAGAUGAGUCCUGUACCAGCAAACACAGACUUCUAUGGGCAAGUCUGAGACUGUUUGGGAGCAGGUUAAUGAUCAAUAGGAUCAUAUGUGAGGUCAUUUUACAGUUUUAUCUUUUUUCUUUGUAUUUAAGAAAUUAGAACUGCUUUUAUUCUUUCUUAUUGACAGUUUAAGCCAAUCAAGAAUGUGAAGGCCAGCUUCCCAAAGUCCAUUACUCAUGCCAUAAUCCUUUAUAAAAAUAAAAUAAAAUGCCGGGGCCUUGUAGUUUUUAGCAAAUGUUAUCCAUACAGGAUUAAACAGUGCAUUCAUUGGUAUUGUUUAAUCUGCAGACUGGUGUACAAAUUGUUCUAUAGACAUGGUUUUUGACAGCCAUAAAGAUAUAUGACUCAGAUAAAUAAGCAAAAUAAAGCUUUUGAUGAGGUUUGUUAAGCUUAUUGAUAGUUCAAUCUUUCAAGGGAUUUGUUGACAAUGAGGAAAAUAUGCUAUAUGACCAACUUUCCCACAGCAUUUUUGAUAAAUUAGUUAUUUUAUGUUGUUUAUUUUUGGGAGACUUUAGGAAUUGGAAUUGAUGUAUAAAUUUGAUUAAUUUUCUUGUUUGUUAAUUAUAUGUAAUAUCUAAUUUAAUAUUUCCUGUGUAUAAAUAAAGAUUUGUAUUAAAAUAAGAA